AUGAAGAAGUUUCUGGGACGGAGGAAAGGCCUCAGAACAGGUCAGGUUCAGGCUGAAGUCAUCGCUGUGCCAGCUGACAGAAACACCUCUGAUGAGAUUUCUCUCAGAUUCAUUCAGAAUCCAUCCCUUUCUCUGUUCGACUCCCUUGAACACAUGUAUUUUGAGAUGCACUUGAACGAUGACUUCGUUCAGAAUCGGUCUGACUUGGAUGACGAUGCCUUCCAAACAUCAGUCAGCAGUGAGUCGGACUGGGAUGAAGAAAUCCAGCAAGCUGAAGAUGCUGGAGAUUCAGACUGGGAUGAAGAAAUCCAGCAAGCUGAAGAUGCUGGAGAUUCAGACUGGGAUGAAGAAAUCCAGCAAGCUGACGACGAUAUUGAGUCCGACUGGGAUGAAGAAAUCCAGCAAGCUGAAGAUGCUGGAGAUUCAGACUGGGAUGAAGAAAUCCAGCAAGCUGACGACGAUAUUGAGUCCGACUGGGAUGAAGAAAUCCAGCAAGCUGAAGACGCUAUUGAGUCCGACUGGGAUGAAGAAAUCCAGCAAACUGAAGACGCUAUUGAGUCCGACUGGGAUGAAGAAAUCCAGCAAGCUGAAGACGCUGGAGAUUCAGACUGGGAUGAAGAAAUCCAGCAAGCUGAAGACGCUAUUGAGUCCGACUGGGAUGAAGAAAUCCAGAAAGCUGAAGUCAGGCAGUCUGAUGAGAAGUCCAGUGUGUUCAUUCAGGAGAUCAACUCCUGCAUGUAUGAGAUUGGUGAAAUGCUGGGUGAAGGCGGUUUUGGAGCGGUCUUUGCAGGGACCCGUGUGCACGAUGGCUUGGAGGUGGCAGUGAAAUAUGCCAAGAAGUCUAAGCAUCUGGAUUAUAUCAGCAUCCCGGGUCAUCCCGAACCCCUUCCUCGUGAGGUGGCCCUUCACAUGCUUGCCUGCGAGGGAGAAAUCGUUCCUGAGAUCAUUCGGCUCUUGGACUGGCAGGACUAUCAGAACCGCUACAUUAUGGUCCUGGAGCGCCCGUCUCCCUGCGAGGAUUUGAGUGAAUUUAUUGCGAGUAAAGGGGCAGAACUUGAAGAGGAGUUAGCCAGAGUCAUCAUGCGGCAGGCAACCACAGCUGCCUACAUGUCCUGCGAACGAGGGGUUUUCCAUCGUGAUAUCAAACUGGAGAACCUCCUCAUAAGGACAGACACCAUGAACGUCAAACUCAUCGACUUUGGUUGCGGCGAUCUGCUGAAAAAGUCGACCUAUAAGUCGUAUACAGGCACAAUAAACUACGUCUGCCCUGAAUACUUCGAAACGGGCGAGUACCGUGGCAAGCCGUCGACGGUGUACUCACUGGGCGUACUGUUGUUCGCCAUGCUGUGCAGGAGGUUUCCCAGCGAUUUUGAUCUGCACCUGAUCAAUGAAAAGACGUGGAGCAAAGACGGCUUGACUGAAGAAUGCUGCGGUUUGCUUCAGGCCUGUCUGCAGCAGAAUCCAGAUGAGCGGAUCCAUCUGGAAAAUAUUCGUGACCAUGCAUGGUUUGAGGUCAGCCAAGUGGAGCGAUAA